AUGGAUCUUCCACAUGCAACGGAAAGAGACCUACAUAAUAUUACCUUCUUCAAUGGUGUCUUUGGAGACGUGGAAGGUGUUGCUUUGUUUUUUGACUGCCUGGGCUCCCACUUCACCUGGCUCCAGUCCAUCUUCACAAGCUUCCCUGCAUUGCUCAACUUUGUGGGCAAAAUGAAGUGUGUGACCGGCAUUUGUCCGAGAGAUUUUGAAGACUAUGGCUGCGCUUGCCGAUUUGAGAUGGAGGGCCUCCCUGCAGAUGAAGCGGACAGCUGCUGUUUCCAACACCGCAAGUGUUAUGAAGAAGCAACUGAAGAAGAUUGUGUCUGGGAUCCUGCCAAGAUCACGAUGGAUGUCAGCUGUUUAACCAAAAACCUCACCUGUGAGUCUGAAGAUCCCUGUGAACGCCUUCUCUGCAACUGUGACAAAGCUGCUAUUGAAUGCUUUGUUCACUCCCGCAUUAACUCUUCCCUGAACAGCCUGGAUGUUUCAUUCUGUCCCUCUCUGGUUACAGAGUUUCAGCACCAGAGGAUUGGAAACACACAGCUGACAACCCCAUCCAUGUCAGAGGUUAUUUCCCAACCCACCCGUGCGAUAGUUGAUGGGACCCCUGGUGUGGAACAUGUUCCCCAAGAGUCUGGUGAUCUGUUGCUGAGGUAUCUGGAAGAAAGAGUGUGCGGCCGUUUUACCUUUCUGCAACUGAGAGAGAAUGGAAAGGUGAAGAGGGAGCUGCCACAAUUGGGAGAGAUGCUCUAUUGCUUAACUGACAGAUGCCCAGAGGAGUUUGAAUUAUACGGCUGCUACUGCGGCCAGGAAGGAAGAGGUCACCCGACAGAUGAUCUGGACAGGUGCUGUUUCUCUCAUAAUUGUUGUCUGGAGCAAGUAAAGAAACUUGGAUGCCAUCCAGAAAGAAGUUCAAGAUCUGAGGUUGUGUGUUUUGAUCAUGCACCGAAGUGUGUUGGAUGGACAAUGUGUGAAAAGCUCCAGUGUUCCUGCGAUAAGGCCGCGGCCGAGUGUAUGGCUGGUGCCGUCUUCAACGAAAGCCUGAGGUUCCCUCACCGCCAAGCUUGCCAAGAGGAGAGCUUAUUUUGCCGCAGGCGGGUGCAUGACUGGCCCUUGGGCAGUGCUGGGACUGGCUUUGGAGGCUCCAGCGAGGAAGAGAGCAGCAAUGACCCAUUUACUAUCUACUCACAUGGGACUAAAGAAAUCACGGGUGAGGUUUUCCCUAAUGACAACUGA